UCUUAUCGGACUCCUAAAAGAGGCUGGCACGUUUAGCACUGUAUUGCCUUUGGGAGAGCAUUGGUUUCCAGACUUGGUUGUUGUUUGAAGUAAAAACUACCAUUGAAAACAUGAGUCAUACAAUCCUUUUGAUACAACCAAAUCCCAAGUUAGAGACAAGAACAUACUCUGAUUUUGAAACCAUUGAUGAUUGCCUUGAAGGAGUAUGCAAAAUAUACGAAGAGCAUUUGAAAAGAACCCACCCAAACAGUCCUUCAAUAACAUAUGAUAUCAGCCAGCUAUUUGAUUUCAUUGAUGGCCUGGCAGACCUAUGCUGUUUGUACCUUGACAAAGACUCCUGCACUUAUGUCCCAAAGAAUAAAGACUGGAUUAAAGAACAGAUAUACAACAUGUUGAGAAGACAAGCAAAUAAGUAGAACAGUUGUUUGAGACAGGAAUCCUCUUACGUACUACUUAACUUUUGUGGUAAAACUACGUAACAGUUCCGUGGCUUGUAUUAUAAGUAUGAAUCAGGCAUUCGGGCCUAAGUGCACGAUGGGGUGAUUUAAUGCAUUUUGCCAGUAAAAUUGAAGCUAGGUGUCAAACAACUUUCACUCUUGUUGAACUUUUGAAAUGCAUAAACCAAAAGAUGUUUUAUUUUCUUUUACCUCAUUUCUAGAGAAAUUUUAAUGUUAGUCUAACAAUGUUUUUAUUACCUUAUUUCACUUGACAUGCUUUAUUUUUCUAUGAUAAAUAAAUUUGUUUCUCAUUUCUUCACAUAAAGAAUAUUCUGUCACCAUUAGGGUUUUCAUAAUUCCUGGGGUAGAAAACAAGGGGAAGUGUUCUAAUGAGUGAUUCACUGCCCCUCUUCAAAUACAUUUGCAAUAAUUUUUUAACUCAAAAAAAUAUCUUUGACUGUAAAAAGGAAAAGGGUUGCUUUACUCAUUUGUAGAUUUCUGCUUGUUUGUGUCUCCAGAAAAGUGGAUUUCAUUCAACAUUCAACCUUUCAAAAUUUGCUAGUUUCACAGGGCAAAGAAACAUAGUCUAAUGGAAAAUAAGCUUAUUCAAUAUAAAGAUAAAUCUAAUUUUGACUAACUUAUGUUAUGUUAAUUUGAGAAUUCAAAGAAAUAUAACUUGA